GAACUAAGACAGUGUCUCUGUAGGCCACAUUUUAAACAAGUUCUCACUCUAGUUUAUCACAGUCUGUAGUUACUAAGCCAACUAUUGAGGAUGAGUUUUGUUAUCAUAAAUGCAAUAAUGCAGUUUUAAUCGAUUCAAAAUGUGUUUGUGAGUCAUUUUUAUGGUUUUAUCUGAUAAAUGCCCCCAUAUGUGCCGGUAUUUCGCAUAGAAAGCCCCAAUUGUCCGUGCAACGUUGACGUAUCUGUCAUCUGUCAAAUCGAGUGAUUAAAUUCGAAACGUCAAAAUUUGUAUGUUUGAAAUGACAUUAUUUUCUCCUUAUCAGAAAGAUCCACCAGUGUAACAAAGAACUUUCGCGAUAUAAUGUCGAUUUAGUGUCCAUUUCGCGUGAAUAAAUCGAAAAAAUGGGAAUAUUUGGAACCACAAGCGACACCAUCGCGGACGAAGUAGAAAAGGCAACGCACGAGAACAACAGUGAGGAGAACUGGGAACUCAUCAUCAACAUUUGUGAUAAGGCUGGCAAGUCGCCGGAGGACGCCAAGGCGUACCUGAGGGCUGUCAUCAAAAGGCUGCACAGCCAGGACCCCCACAUCGCCAUCCAAGCCGUCACGUUGCUAGACGCCUGUGUCAAGAACAGCGGAAAGUUGUUCCACGUCGAGGUCGCUUCCAGGGAGUUCGAGAACGAGUACACGAAACUGCUGCAGAAGUCGCACGUUAACGUGUCGAGGAAGUUGAGGGAGGCCUUGAAACGGUGGGCCGAAAACGAGUUCAAAACCGAUCAACAACUCAACCUUAUUCCUUCGCUUUAUACAAAGUUGAAAAACAGCGGAGUUGACUUUACUUUUGCGGACAUGGUAAGUGGCAAAUUGUGCAAUUGGGGUCUUGAUUGUGGGUGUUUAAAGCCGGCGAAGAAAUCCACUCCUGUCAGUAAAGACCCCAAUGUUGUUGAAUCCCAAGAAGAGGAGAAUCAAAUCUUGAAAGCCAUAGAAUUGUCAUUGAAGGAAAGCUCCUCAUCGUCGCCGCGAGCGUCCUCUGCGAGUGGGAGUCUCUACCCCAGUGCCAAUCUUGCGGCUGCUAAUAGUUCAACAAAUUCAACUCCUGUCAAAGAACCGAAGAAAGUCAGGGCUUUGUAUGAUUUUGAAGCAGCUGAAGACAACGAACUCACCUUCAAGUCGGGCGAAAUAAUUUUUGUGAUAGAUGAUUCUGACCCGAAUUGGUGGAAAGGGAACAAUCAAAGGGGCGAAGGGCUUUUCCCCUCGAAUUUUGUCACGAAAGACUUGGACGUUGAACCUGAGAAAUUUUUGUAUGAGAAGGCGAAGAAGAUCGUGCAGUUCAAGGAGACAGUGGAGGUGAAACCCACCCCCGAAGACAUAGAAAUCAACGAGGAGAAAAUCGACCGUUUGUUGCACCUCCUCCAUGAGGCCGACCCAACGAAUCCGGAGACGGACACCGAAGAGAUGUUAAAAUUAGAACGCGAGGUGAACCUCAUGGGCCCCCUUAUCGAUUCCGAAUUGGAAAGAGUGGACAAGAAACACGCCCAAUUGACCCAACUGAGUGCUGAUCUGGUCGAAGCUCUCGGUCUUUAUCAUUCUCUGAUGCGUGAGCCCCAAUUCCCCCCCAAGAUGCCUUACAAUUAUCCACAACAGCCCCCGAAUUCUAUGACGUACAAUGGUUUGCCGCCGCAGCCACCGAUGGGGAUGGGGGCGCCGUUGCCCCCUCCGCCAGGCAUGCAUUAUGCGACAAUGCCGAUGAUGUCGACGGCGGGGAUGCCGCCGCCACCGCCGCCGCAGUUUAUGAUGCAUCAAAUGCCGGAUGAUAGGAGGACUCAGAGCUAUGGGAGUAUGGUGCCCCCGAAUUUUCCAAGCAGUGUUGCCGGAUCUCAGACUCUUAUUCACAACGGACCCCCACCGCAGUCGCAAAGUCAACAUUACAUGCCUCCUCCAAAGUAGGAGGCCGUGGAAGUAUUGUUAUCAGAUUCUUUUCCUUAUAACCGAUAUGUGAUUUAACAGUUUAGUUAUUUUGAUAAUAUCAUGUAUUUUAUUACGGAUUUCUUCACUAUCUUUGUUGUUUUAGUUUAUUUAUUCAUGAAAAUUGAUAUUAAGUUACUUGCAGGUGUAUGGAGGGAAGGUAGUGAAGAAAUUAUUAUAAGUAAUCUUGUAGACUUGAUGUAAAGAGAAAUAUGUAUAUGAAUAAAUUUUAUGAAGAAA